UUCCGCCCCGCUCGGGUGUCUCCAUGUGGCGGCAGCAGCGCCGCCCUGGCCAGUCGGCGGACAAGAUGGCGGCUCCUAUGGAGCUGAGGUGCUGGGCAGGCGACUGGGGGCUGCCGUCCGUGCACCCGGAGUCUCUCACCGUCAUGGCUUACGCCAAAUUUUCUGGUGCUCCCCUGACAGUGAAUACUAUAAGUAGGUCCUGGAAAGCUCCAAAAGGAGAUAUACCAGUCCUCAUAUCAGAAGACAAGGUGAUUUCUCAACCAGCAAAAAUACUAAACUUCUUAAGAAAGCAGAAGUAUAAUGCGGAUUAUGAAUUGUCUGCAAAACAAGGAGCUGAUACACUGGCAUAUAUUGCACUACUUGAAGAGAAACUGCUUCCAGCUCUGCUGCACACUUUCUGGAUUGAGGCUGAAAAUUACUGCAGUGUGACAAAGCCAUGGUUUGCCUCAAGGAUUGCCUUCCCACUGAGUUUGUAUCUGCCUGGAAAGAUGUCCAGGGAAGCACUGAACAGGAUCUUGCUGACCAAGGGAGGGCCUCCACUCUACAGUCUCACUGAAGUGGAAGCACAGAUAUACAGGGAUGCCAAGGAGUGCCUAAAUCUCCUGUCGAAGAGAUUGGGAACAUCUCAGUUUUUCUUUGGAGAUACGCCUACCACCUUGGAUGCCUUUGUGUUUGGUUUCCUUGCACCAGUUUAUAAAGUGUGCUUCCCCAGGGUACAAUUACAAGAGCACUUGAAACAGCUUCCCAAUCUGUGUCGAUUCUGUGAUGAUAUUUUAACUUGCUACUUCAGGUUAAGUGUCUCAGGCCAUUCUCCGGCUGGACGGGAUAUAGCAGAUGCUAAUCUGCAGAAACUCACACAGCUUGUAAAUAAGGAAUCCAACUUGAUUGAAAAGAUCCAGCUCUCAUUAUUUCUCUGCAGAUGGACGACAACCUUCGUAAGAGCCCUCAGCACCCCCCUCAUAAGCUAACAACGCUCAAGCUUGCUGCGCGUGGAGAAGAAAGCAGCCCAUUUAAUCGUUUGUCACCUUGACACCUCUUGUUGCCCAUACACGCGUGUUUGCCUUCAGCUGAGUGCCACAGUAAAUUUUUUUCAUGUGAAUGUUGUUUUGCAAGGGAAGAAUCUGCUAAUGGGUAGAAGUAGAGAAGACAUACAGCUUUACAGUGUUCUAUCUACUUAUUUUUUUACGAAAUUGCAUAGUUAAGGCUGACCACGCACUAAGCUUGAGGCUAAGCUAAACAAGGCUUAUUACUGCAGAUGUUAACAUGAUUUUGUACAGCAUAGUUUUGCCUUUAGCCUAGGAGAAAUGUUUACCAAAAGUUAAAAUUCUGCUUAUGGAAUGUUCACCAUUAUUUCACUUUAUGGCUUUUGAUUUUACUGUAAUGAUGUUACUGUAUGUGAGUAGGUAUACUCUUGUAUCUGUCUGAAAAUGACAGAAGUCCAGUUGUGAAGUCUGAAAAGAAACAUUGUUGCCCUUUGUUGCAGUUGAGAAAUGAAAAGCAAUGAGAGGAAGGUAAUUUUUUUUAUCGUGCUUUAAUGAACACACUUGAGUUUUGUGUUUGGGGUUGUUUGCAUUUUUGAAAAUUUGUCAUGUUGUACUUUGAAGGGGAUUGUUGAAAAACAUGUGCGCUAUGGGGAUUAAAAUGAUGCACAAUGCUAACAUUUCAGUACCUCGUAAUAGUCCUUUGUGAAACAGGCUUGACCUGUGCACAGAGUUAUACCAUAUGCUGCAAAACUGUUAAGUCAAAAUCACAGAAGACUGGUAGUGGAUGGAGAAGUUUGGUUGCUGUCAGGACAAGGGACUUGACUAGCAAGCACUGCAUCUCUGGAUUGAAAGGAGCUGGUUAGGGCUUUGUAAAAAAGCCAAUGUAGGCUUUUAAAUUUGUCACAGAUGCCUCUUGAUCAGUUUUGUCUUUUCAGUAAGCACUACAGUUCAUUCAAAAACUGAAAGAAAAAAUGUCUAAAUUUUUAUUGUGUGACAGUCUGUCUAGUUCAGAGUUCUUUUCUCUCUGCAAACUGUAAUAUGUUGCAGGGCAUAAUUCUUCUGCUUAAUUAGUUUUCUCUGUAACAGCAGCCUUGCCAGUUCUAGAGACCCAAGCAAUUCCAUUACAAGAGAGUUGCUGUAAACAGCAAUGUACUGGUGGGGACUUCACGAGUGGGUGUAAAGAGAAUUAGUCAAGGAGAUUGGCCAAAAUGGCAGCUCUUCGGAUACAGAAUUCUGAUAGCUGUAUGUGUGGGAUGACUGUUCAGGGGAUUAUUUCCUCCUUUUUCUGGCCAAAUCAAAAUAGUCUUUCAGCUUCCCUUCAGCUGCUAGUCUUGUGUGAGAUACACAGAUAAAUUAUUUCCUAUUUGUAAAGACAAGACUGUAGGUUGUGUACAUACUGUACUUUCAGACUUGAUAUGUAGGGAAUGUAAUAUCUUUAACAUUUCUUAAUUAUAAUCAAAAUGUUGGGUUUCUAAUGAGCCCUUUAAAAUAAUGUUUAAGCUUCAUGCUCUUACCAGAGUAUUUGUUGCAGUGAUUUGAAAUUAAUUUAGCUCAUACUCAUGAUAACUGUAUAAACUGACCGUCCACUACAUGCAGAAGUAAUUCAAAUGGUUAAAAUUUUUAACUGCCUAUAUCUUGACAAGAUUUACAUGAGAUAAGUCACAUGGCUUUUCAAAGUUUUUAAUUUAUAAACACGGCUAUGGAGAAUAUGCCUUAGUUUGUUGCUUUCGUGAAUAUGUACACUCAACGUAUAAAAUCUCUUUGUAAAAAGGGUCACUGAGAUUAAAAUUUUGGAUUUGUAGUGGAA